AUGUAUUUGCAAGGUUUAAAAGGACCAAAGAACAUCCUUUUGAUUCACAACUUCCAUUGGCACUGGUACUGGACGCAUCCAAGUCUCUCGACUGGGCUAAAGACCAGCAAGAGCCUCACUAUGGUCUCACAUCGUUGUGGUCGAAUUACUACAUUCCUGCCGACACUGCUCCUCAUGGCCGCUUCCAAGGAGAGUUGGACGUACGACGUGGUCUACGGAGAAAUACCCAAGGAGAUCAACAGAACGUUCUACCGUAUGACCAUUGACCCUGCCGUCCCGCCUCAUCCCAAAAAUCCGUUUCUUGAAGGCGACGGGAACCUUACCGUGUUCCAAUUCCAGGAUGGUCGUGUUCAUAUGAAGGUCAAAUAUGUCGAAACCGAGCGUUACCUUGUGGAACGAAAGGCAGGCAAGCGGCUCUUCGGUACCUAUCGCAACCCAUUUACCACCCAUCCGUGUGUACGCAUGGCAGACGACUCCACAGGUAAUACAAACAUCGUCUACUGGGGUGGAAAGUUACUGGCACUGAGUGAGCGGAGCCUCCCCUACGAGAUGGAUCCCGACACAUUGGAAACUCGAGGCUUCGACCCUUUUCGUGGCCAAGUCAAGGCGAAGACCUUCACCGCCCAUCCCAAAGUCGACCCAUUCAAUAACGAGCUUGUAACAUAUGGCUACGAGGCGAAGGGUCUUGGGACCCCUGAUAUCUGCUAUUAUGCUAUUGAUUCAUCGGGAAAGGUCAAGGAUGAGACAUGGUUCAAGGAAGAUCAAAACGGUAUGCCACAUGAUGCAUGGCUUACUGAGAAUUGGCUCAUACUGUCAUCCAUGCCCUUCAAAGUGAAUUCGGAUGAGGAUAUGAAGGCUGGGGCACACCACUGGGAAUUUGUCCCAGACCGUCCAUCGGCCUUCUGGCUGGCUCCACGCAAGGCAAGCACGCCUCGUGCGGCGGACUGGAAGGUCGGCGAAGUACGAAAGUACACCUGGAACAACGGGGUAAUCAUUCACUGUGGCGCAGCUUGGGAAGAGGAGGAUGGCACUCUUCGACUUGAGAGCCAUUUCGUGUCGUUCAAUGUCUUCUUUGACUUUAACCCUCCGGGAAUGAGGCCCCCUCAGACUCCCUCAGGAGACUGGGUCCGUUGGACUGUGGAUCCAAAGCAGCCCUCAGGUACUCGACUUGCGGCCCCUGAGAUUCUGAUGCCUUACAUUUGCGACUUCCCGAAAACCGACGAGCGUUUCUCGACCCGCAAGCAGAAAAUCGUGUUCUUGAUUUCCUGUGAUGCAGGCAAAGAGGCCAAGCCCGGCAUGUUGCACUUUAACUCCAUCGUCAAGCUUAAUACGGAGACGAAAGAAAUGAUGGUCUUCGCCCCUGCUCCAGACGCUCGUGUAGCAGAGCCAGUCUUUGUCAAUCGAUCGAAGGAUGCUCCCGAGGGUGAUGGGUGGAUUAUCUGCUGGACAGAUAGGCCUAGCAGACCUCGAGUGGAGCUGGUCAUCUUGGACACAAACGACUUUUCUAAGCCUGUUGCUGUGGUUCAGUUGCCGUUCGCAUCACGCAUGCAAGUCCACGGCAACUGGGUCGAUAAUCCGAAUCCCGGCCAGCCAUUGCCCCGAUUAACACGGCCAGUCAAGGAUAUACAACCAAGUGUGCAUGGUUCUUUGAAUCGGAUUGAGUAA